GGCCCCCCAGCCCACCCCACGCCGCCCUCUCCGGACCUCGUCGGACCGGGCCGCGGAAGCGCCGGCGGGGCAGAGGGUCGCGCUUCCGGCCCGACCCGCUUUUCACAGUCCCCUCUCGCUUCCCUUUCCGCUUCCGGCGGACUGCGGGGCUGCGGCGGGAGAGGCGCGGCGGCGGCAUGUUGCGGCGACCGGCGUGGCAGGUGCUUCGACAGUUUGUAAGACAUGAGUCUGAAACAGCUGGCUCCUUGGUACUUGAAAGAUCCAUGAAUCGUGUUCAAUUACUUGGGCGUGUUGGACAGGACCCCAUCAUGAGGCAAGUGGAAGGCAAAAACCCUGUUACCAUAUUUUCUCUUGCAACCAAUGAGAUGUGGAGAACAGGAGACAGUGAUGUAGGCCAAGGAGGUGAUAUCAGUCAGAAGACAACAUGGCACAGAAUCUCUGUCUUCAGACCUGGCCUCAGGGAUGUUACUUAUCAGUAUGUGAAGAAGGGUUCUCGAAUCUUUGUUGAAGGGAAGAUAGACUAUGGUGAAUAUACAGAUAAAAACAAUGUGAGGAGGCAGGCCACAACAAUUAUAGCAGAUAAUGUGAUUUUUCUGAGUGAAGGUAGUAUGAAAGAUAAGGUGUGAGGCCGUUUUUGCUUGGACCCAGGCCAUUUCAUUCCUUUUGUUUUAUGAAGCUUCAUAAUUCUGUAAUCAUGUGUAUUGCUGUAGUUUCUUUAAAAAAUAAAUAAAAUGUUUGAUACCUACAGGGCUAUCUCUGU